AUGAAAGCUUUUAUCGUCGCAUGCCUGUUUGCCGCCAUGUCGGUGGUGCUUGCCCGGCCUGAGCACUACACUGACCGUUAUGACAACGUGAACCUGGACGAGAUCCUGGACAACAAGCGACUCCUAGAGGGCUACAUCAAAUGUAUCCUGGACGAAGGCAAAUGCUCGCCUGACGGCAAGGAGCUUAAAUCGCACAUUAAGGAAGCGCUCGAGAACUACUGCGAGAAAUGCACCGACGCGCAGAAGUCCGGCACGAGACGCGUCAUCGGCCACUUGAUAAACAACGAAAAGGGUUACUGGAACCAGCUCACCGCCAAGUACGACCCCGAACGCAAAUACGUUGUCAAAUACGAAAGCGAACUGCGCAAAGUUUCCGCC